AUGCCUAAAUUUUAAGCCAAAAAGAAAAUUUUUAAGUAGGAUAAGUUUAAAUCAAAUGGAAAAGGCAGUGGACCAGCUAAAAAAAAUCCUGCCUUUAUGCAUAAGAAAAAUAAGCUUAAUAAAUCCAUUUAGAGAAAUAAUAAAAAUUCUUAAAAUCAUUAAGUGAAUGGAAAGAAAAAUUUCAAAAAAUUCAAUAAAAAUGAUGCUCCUGCAAAUAAUAAAUUCUAAAAAAAGAGUCAAGACGAUUUUGAAGACAAUUUAUCUAAUGGUGAGUUUUAGGAAUUAUAAAAAAGCACUGCUUAAGCUCAAAAUAAAAAAUAAUAGAUUCAAAAGUAAUAAUAGUCAACAAAGAAACCUUAGGAACUAAAAUCAGGAAACAAUAAAUAAAAGGGCCUUAAAAAAUAAAAUUAAAACGAUGACAUUCAAUUAGGAGGUGAUGAUUUAAGUGAUAAUGUUGAUAUAGAUAUGUCAGGUGAAGAAGAUCAAGAGUAUAGUGAUAUAGAUAUUGAUUAAAGUAGCUAAGGAGGAUCUGAAAAAGAUAUCAAUAGUGAAUAAAAUGAAGAUGAUGACAAUGAUGAAGAAAUCGAGGAUAGUCAUAAUGAAAGCUAAGAAGGUAAUGAAGAUGAGUCUGAGUUUGAUGAAGAAAAUGAUGAAAAUUUUAAGUCUGAAGUGAUUGAUAAGCUUCAAGAUAAAGAUUUCGAAGAUUAGGAAGAAGCAGAUGAAGAAGAAGAAAGUGAAUUAUAAGAAGAAGAAAAUGAAAUUGGGCAUAUUGAAUAAGAAUAAAAUAUAGAUGAAGUAAAGGAUGCUAGCAAAAGCUAAAACUAAGCAAAUACUGUUGAAGAAAAAGAAGUUAUUAACCGUACCCAUCUUGCAAAAUAUUGGUCAGUUGUUCUUUCUCAACCUUCAAUUUACACAGGUGGUAGAAUUUUGAUUUCACCUAACGAAGAAUUUAUGGCUUCAAUUGCUAACUUUAGAAUAAUUAUUACUGAUAUCGCAACUCGUUAAAUUAUUAAUUAAAUUACUCAUGAAGAAGAAGAGUUAUGCAAUUUUGCUAUUCAUCCUAGCAAUAAGUUUAUGGCAACUUUCACAAGAAACAAUAUUUUAAGAUUUAUAAAUCUUGAGACAAAGGAAACAAUUCACUCAUGGAGAAUAAACGAUCAAUGGGCUCUUGAUAUAGUUUUUGAUACCACAGGUUAGUUUAUGGCUAUUGGCUGUGUUGAUGGUUUCAUUAAAGUUUAUGAUGUAAAGAAAGGAAAUCUAACUCACAACUAUAAGGUUCAUAGAGGCUCAGUUACUAAAUUAUUGUUCCACCCCACUCCUAACAAACUCCAUUUGAUUAGUGUUGGAGAAGAUUACGCUAUUAGAAUUUAUGAUUUAGUUAUUUCAACAGUUCUUAAGUCUAUUGUUGCUCACACCUAAAUGGUUACUUAGAUUAUCUUCUCAGAAGAUGGUACCAAUCUUUUAUCUGCAAGCUCUGAUUAAAAAAUUAUAGUUUGGGAUUAUACCAAUAUGACUAAAUAAGCCGAAGUCUUAUUCGACGAAUAAGUAGAAGCUAUGGGAUAUUUAAAGAUCAAAGCAAAAUAAAACAAAAAGAAUAUUGUCUAAUCUUAUUUGGUAGCCACUGGAAGUUCUGGUAUUCUGAAAUUAAUAGAUAUUACUUCAAAUGAUAUUAAAAUAAUUCCUUUUGAAAAUCUUAAAACUCAUGAAAUCAUCAAAAUCAUGACACUUCCUAAAAAGGAAUAAAUUUGUGCAGUUACUGUUGAAUAGAACGUUAUUUUUUACAGCUUCGUUGAAGGACCUAGCUUGAUAGAAAGUGACAUUAUUGUAGGUUUUAAUGACGAAGUUACAGAUGCUAAAUUUUGCAAAAAAUAAAAGAAAGAUAAUUAAGUUUUUGAAAAAGAAAAAGAAUAUGUUGUUAUUUCAACAAACUCAAGCAUCAUGAAGGCUGUAGAACUUGGAACAGGAAAAACUCAUUUUAUUAAAGGUCACUCUGAUUUCGUUUUAACAUUAGAUACUUUUGGUCCAUACAUAAUUUCUGCUGGUAAAGACAAAACUGUAAAACUUUGGAAAAAGGCUGAUAAUUCAUUUGAGUUUAAGCUUUUAGCUACUUUUAUUGGUCACGUAGAAGCUAUUUCCUCAGUUUGUUUUGGUCCUAAAACCGGUAAAAUAUUUGCUACUGGCUCUGAAGAUUAAAAUAUAAAAAUUUGGGACUCUUCAAAUCUCAUGGCCAGAUCUCAUAAAAUACAAAAACCAGAAAAUGUUACUAGUUCAAAAAGAACAGUUUCUGCUCAUACAAAAGAUAUCAAUGUUGUCAAAUUUUCUCCAAAUGAAAAAUUAUUGGCAUCAUCUUCUUAAGAUCGUCAAAUUAAAAUUUGGGAUACUGAAACUCUUAGUUGUAAGAUGAUUUUAAAAGGACACAAAAGAGGUGUAUGGGAUGUUAAUUUCUCACCAGUUGAAAAAUUAUUAGCAUCAGCUAGUGGUGAUAGCACUGUCAAAGUAUGGAAUCUUGAAGAUGGUUAAUGCGUCAAUACCUUCGAAGGUCACAUGGGAUCAGUAUUAAAAUGUUAAUGGGUUUGCUAUGGAUUAGAAAUUAUUUCAGCUGGUGCUGAUGGUCUUAUAAAAAUAUGGAACACUAAAAAGCAAACUUGCUUAAAUACUCUGAACAAGCAUUAAGGAAAAAUUUGGGCUUUAGAUAUCUCUGCUUAUGACUAAAAUGGUAAAUAAUUUAUGCUUACCGGUGGUAACGAUUCUAACUUCUUCAUGUGGGAAGAUGUUACUAAAGAAGAAGAACUUAAAAAGAAAGAAGAAGAGCAUGAAGUACUCAUUUAACAAGAUAAUUUCAAAUAGCUUAUUAGAAAUUAAGAUUAUAUAAAUGCUGUAAAGCUCGCUUUCAGAUUUAAUUUUGUUUCUAAAUUCCACCAAGCUCUUGAGUUGAUGUUCCAUAAAAAAGAUUUCAAGAACGAAAUUAUUUACAGUGAGAACGAAAUAAAAUAAAUCAAAAAAAAUAAUGAAGAGGAAGAUGAAUUUGAAAAAAAUAUUAGAGAAUUAGUUACAAAUUUAAUAGAGUUAGAUAUUAAUAAAUUGCUAAUUUAUAUUAGAGAUCUAAAUACAAUGCAAAAAUCCUCUAAAGUAGCUUAGAGACUACUUAACUAUGUUAUCAGAUCCAUUCCUAUUGAUGACUAUCAAGAAAUUUCAAAGAAAUUUAAAGUACCAAAGAAACCUUCCAAAAAAGAACAAGAAGAAUAAACUAAAAUUCCUAGCGAUUCUGAAAAGUCUGAAUUUGAAUAGCUACUUCAAGUAAUAAUCAGCUACUCUAAGAGACAUGCAGAGCGUAUGGAGCGUUUCAUUAAAAAAUCAUAUUAUCUUGAUUUUGUACUUAAAAAAAUAGAUCUUUUGUCUAUUUAAGACGAAGAAAAUAAUAAUAAAGAACAUAAUAAAUCUGAAGCUACUAACAAAGCUUGA